AUGCAGCCUGCGGCGGCGCGGCGACAUCAAGCAAAUGGCGGCGGCGGCGGGGCCGCCACUGCAGCUGCCUCCGGAUCUGCCGCCGGAGGCGACCGUCCUGUGGCAGAGCUGCCGUACACCCUCAAGGCAUUGGCGGCGGGCUUUCCCACGCGCGCGGCAUACAUGGGCUACCGCGGCGACCUGGUUUCGGUGCUGGCCAAUGGGGCAUUCCGGCGGCCCCUGGUAGUUUCGGAGCUGCUGUCUGGCGGCGGGUUGGAGUUGCUGUUGGCACAAACCCAUUUGGACGAGCACAGCCCCUUGGCGCGGGAGUGGGCGCUGUGGGGCGUGAGGAAUAUGUGUGAAGUUAGCGAGGAAGUGCAAGGGCGUAUCGCAGGGUUGGAGCUGCAGACGGCGGUGGAGACGCCGGAGCUCCGGCAGUUGGGUCUCAAACUGGAGCUUGACAAGACUACCGGAAAGCUCAAGGUGAAGUGA